CGAGAUCAACUGUGGCUUGUCGUGCUCGAACUGGCAACAAGUGGAUUUUGUGAUUUCGCGUAAAUUUGUUUUAUUAAAAAACGCGUUAUGUAGAUGGAUUAAAUGUACUCAUCUGUUAUAAAGACGUGCCUAGAAUACAUAGAUUACACAGAGAUGUGGCGUUAGAGCGGAGUUUGUCUUGUGAUAGCGGUGUUUACGUUUGCGCAGUUUAAUAAUGUGCACGCGACCUGUGGCGUUACUGUGAGUGCACGAGCCCGUGCACGCGCUAAUAUUAUAACAGGUGUUGCGUUCAUACAGGUGAGUUCAUGAUGUCGGAGUCUGGAUCAGAAGAGGAUAUAGGUGCACUCACAGCAGAGUCCGGGGGUUCGACGGAAUCCGUCCGGAAGGGAUGUGACCCCCUCGCAUCAACCCAACGCAGUAAACUACAGCAGCGUCGAGCUAAACUCAACCAACAGAUCAACCGUGAGCUUCGACUGCGGACUGGAGCGGAAAAUCUCUACAGGGCCAGCACUAAUCAGAAGGUAAAGGAGACUGUGGCGUUAGAACUGAGUUUCGUGAACUCUAAUCUUCAGCUUUUGAAAGAAGAAUUAGAGGAACUAAACAGCAACAUGAACGUCUACCAGACUGAGAGUGAGACAGUAAAUGUUCCCAUGAUUCCACUGGGGUUGAAAGAGACUAAAGAAAUUGAUCUGACUGUCCCUCUUCAGGACUUUAUCAGGGAACAUUACAGUGAGGACGCUUCUCUAUACCUGAAUGAGAUCCGGGUAUUUAUGGAACUGAGACAGGCCAUGCGAACUCCCAGUCGGAAUGAUGCGGGUCAGGAGCUGUUGAUGGAAUAUUACAAUCAGCUCUAUUUCCUAGAUCAACGCUUCUUUUCACCACACAGAAGUCUGGGAAUUCAUUUUCACUGGUAUGACUCACUGACCGGUGUGCCGUCGGUUCAGAGAGCGCUGGCGUUUGAGAAAGGCAGUGUUUUGUUUAACAUUGGAGCACUUUAUACUCAGAUUGGAGCCAGACAAGACCGUUCAACACUGCCUGCCAUUCAAAAUGCCAUUGAUGCUUUCCAGAGGGCAGCAGGUGCGUUUCUGUACCUGCAGGAGAAUUUCUCUCAUGCUCCCAGUCUGGAUAUGAGCGCUCCGGCUCUCAGCAUGCUGGUGCGCCUCAUGGUAGCUCAGGUUCAGGAGUGUGUGUGUGAGCAAGUCAUUCUUAACAUGCAGGACAACAAUCUGAAUCUGCUUUUACAAGCAGCCCAGGAAGCAGCAAGGGUAUCAGAUGUGUAUUCUCUGGUUCUUCAAGCGAUGUCAGUCCCUUUACUAAAGGAUUAUGUUCCGUUCUCCUGGAUUUCGAUGGUUCAAGUCAAAACACAUCAUUUCAGAGCACUGGCUCAUUACUACACCGCUGUGGCACUGUGUGACUACUCAGGUGUGAUUGAUCAUGAUGAUGAUGAUGAUGAAGGUCAACAGAUUAAAGCUCUGAUCCAGGUUCACUCCAGACAGCCGGACAAACUGAAUCUUCAAGAUCCAGAGGACAGACUGCGACUGGGUAAAGCGCAUCUUCGUAAAGCGAUCAUAAGGCACGAGGAAGCCUUGCGUCUUCACGGUGUGUGUAAAAUGCUUCGUAAGAUGGACAUCCUGCAGGAAGUUCUGUCGCAUGCUCACGCAUGCUCGCUGGAGAAAUACUCUGAUAUUGAUCAUGAAGACGAUUUCUGUGAGGUCGCAGAAGCUCCAGAGAUACAAUCUCACACACAUCAGAAGCCUGAUAUUAAAACUCCAGAUUUCAGUGCGGUCAGAGUGACUGAUAUUUUCCACCGACUGGGCCCCCUCUCUGUGUUCUCCGCUCGAAACCGAUGGGUGGGGCGUCACGUGUGCUUGGUUCGAGGAGAGGCGGGACUUGGUCUUACACUUCGAGGUGAUUCGCCAGUUUUGGUUGCCGGGGUGUUGCCAGGGGGAUGUGCUGCGGAGGCGGGGCUCCGUGAGGGUGAUUAUAUCGUAGCUGUGAAUGGUGCAGACUGCAGGUGGGCGGAGCAUGCCGAAGUCGUUCAUGCCCUGAAGAGCUGCACAGAGAAAGGACUAGAGCUUGACCUCAUCACUCUACAAACACACGAGGUGGAGAGGAAGUUGAUUCUCUCACCCAACACUGAUAAAGAGUGUCAGUCGGGCAGUCAGAGGAAACCUGGUCGGGAGUGUGAACGCGGAUCGUCAUCUUUAUGGAACUGGAGCUGGAGGAGUGGAGGAGUUACCAAGAGACUCGGCAGCACAUUCAGUCUGUCCUUCAGCAACUUCAGAGAGAGUGAAUCCAUGUUCUGAGAACACAAGAGGAUGAGAAAGGAAAAGAAGAAAAGCACUGUUUUACCUUCUGAACACUGUCAUUCAGCAAAAAACAAUGUAGCAUUGCAGAAACGAUUAGCUGCCCUAUUUUAAGAGCGCUAUACUUUAAGUCAUACACGCAAAGUCAGUGGGCAUGGCCGUGAAGUUUUGGUAUUUUCAUGCAAGCACGUGCCAAGUCUAGGCGCAAGUGAGUCUGGCAAAAUCGCGCACGUGCAAAGCGCUAAUGGGUUGGGUCAAGUGAAGUUUAAUUCUGAGGUUCUUCUCCGGUUAUUGCAGCAACUGCGUCCUAUUAUAUAGUCCAUUCCCUCAAACACCAGCGAUAUAAACAAAGACAGCACAUUCAUAAGAAGUCAGUAGUGUAAAUGGACUGUUUGCAAUGAAUUAGAAGAAUAAAAAUAUGGACUUACAAUCUUUUGUUUAUUAACUGCAUCCUUGUUGAAUGUCAGGCAUAUUUCUGUGACAGUGACACGCUCCUUUUAUACGCAUAUGUAUGCACCGUUAAAAAUAGAGAAUGUAAAUAUUAUUAAUCAUAUUGAUCAAGUGACACACACAUCAUGGCUAGUAUUAACAGUGAUUGUAUCAGCACGCACUUCACUUCUACCCGUCGAUUUUGCUUUAAAAAUAAAAUGACUUUAAACAUGAAAAACUUGAACCAAAAAUAUUUCUAAAUUAAAAUUACACUUCAAAUGAAAUGAAAACAUAAUUAAAAUAACAAUAUAAUAAUCAAUAUAUAACGACCUCUUGUGAAAUCUCCCCUCAUGCAGUGACUUAGAUAUAUAGGAACAUAGCAAACUGCACUUUGCGGCACUUAAACAUACAAAAUAUACAAUACACCCGCAGUUUGCGCGCAUUCACCCACAGAUAGUGCAAACACACGCCCACUUGCGUUUUGCCCUGGCAUAAAAAUUGUGCUUAGAAUUAGCACUCUCACGAAUAUUGGAUAAGAAGUAGUGCGCAGUCGUUGCGUGUAGCCAUGAAAGUAGAGCCCUAGAUGGUUAAAUAUGAACAAAAUUCAGUUAAGAUGAAAAUUAUGACACUGCUUCUGUUCAAUGUCAGCUCAUUGUUUAGAAGGGCAAAAGCAAAGACCUGCCAUGUGAUGAACUAUGAGUACAUUUUGUUACAUGUUUAGCAAAAUACUGUGAUUUCUCAAAGAAUUUGUAUUUAAUAUUUCAAAAUAAGUCUGUUGCUUUCAAAGCGAGGAGCUAUUUGAUACAUGUCCAGUAUCGGCAAGUAAAAUUGAGCAGUUGUCCAUUUUUUAGCAGAUUUUUGAAUGUGCUUAAGACUCUUCAGGCUUCCACAUCAGCAAAAACACCCUAAUGAUAGUACUGAGAUGUAGCAAAACCUUCGAGCGAUAAUGAGAAAAUCUUGUAACGUUGUAUAGGUUAUUUUUGUUGUUGUUUUAGAUUGUUAUGAGUAAGAAGGGCAGUUGUAUUAAGAAUGUAUUUUUUGCACAGAAAAUGAUCAUUUCACGGUUUUCCAUGUCACAUGUUGCUUGUUUUGUGUGUGCAUUUUCAUUUAGUUUGUUGUUAGAUGAGGUUUGUGGUGUUCCAACUGCACUCUGCCGUGAUUAACAAACAGUUUUUCCAUGACAGAAAAAACUAUGGCUUGUUCAAUGGGAGUCAGUUGAAGCAGAAGCUCUCCAAGUGGCAUUUAUAUGGAAGGAGUCUAACAGCAGGCUCUUGUCAUGUUGGAGAUUGCAAGAAUGAAUGUGCAGUAAACAGUGAUGAAAUAUGUGCUUUUUCUGCCAAAUGUGUUUGGAUUCUACUCCGAGUGGCUCCCCAGACACACUUGCACUGGGAAGUGAGACAGAGGUCACAAUAUGGUCAGUUUCAAAUAUGCAUUCUUAUAGAUAAGGCCAAUUAAAAUAAUACAGACUUCUAGCAGCCUGCUGAUAAGCAAUAGUGUUAAAUACAUAGAGCCAAGAGUGAUACUUGAACCAAAUGGAUUUGUCUUAAAGGCUGAUUAGUGUAACAGCCAUCAUUCAUAAACUAUAAGCAGUAUAAAAACGCGCAGCCUGUCGUGCUUUAUGUGACCACUAGAGCGCAGCAUCAUCAUGACAUUUUAAUAAAGCAAUCUGUCAUUAAUUACCUAUGUACUUUUUUUAAUGGCUCAGUAAAAAGUGACUCAGUUAUGUGGACAUGAGUAAUUAAAUAACACGGACUAUGAAUAAAACAAUGGA